AUGACGUUUGAUCUCCUUGAGCGCCGCAAAGAGAAAUUUAUCCUCUGGAUACCCGAUACACCAGCUUCAAACCCCCCUUCACUGGUACUUGGCAUUUUCAAUGGCGGCCCACCGGCUACUAUCCAUGAAAUUUGGAACGGUCAGCUAAGCGUGUCAGACCAACCAGAUCUCUGGGAACUCGAUCCAAGUGACAUACAGCCGCCAUUGAAAAAUGAUACCGUCUAUCACUACUGGUUCGAGAUCUAUACAUCAUCAGAGCAUCUGGGCGCUUUUCAAGUCACCGAUCCAAUUGCAUACACGGUCGACUACAGAGCCACGGAAACGCGGGAUGAGCACGUCCAGCCAGCUUCCGUGAUCAAGUUCCGUGACGGCAAGCUAUGGCCCUGCGACAUUGAUGGAAAUGAGCCAAGCCAUGUGGCACCUCCAGCACAAGAUGCUAUACCGGACAACAAUCACCUGGUGAUCUACGAGCUCCCGACUUCGUGGGCGAAUAAGAAUCCGGCUGGGGAUGUGCAGGUUGAUGUUGGCACCUUCACAGAUGUUCUCGCUCUAUUCGACUUGACGACUGCUGGUGAUCGGUUCCGGGAUACUCCGUCUGUUGCUAAUGAAGCUAUUGUGGCUGAUCUGGGCGUUAACGCGCUGGAGCUGCUCCCUGUUGCGGACUCGAAACGAACAGGUGAAUGGGGAUAUGCUACAGCUCACUACUACGCUCCUGACUCGGAUCUGGGAACUUCAUCGGAGUUAGCAAAGUUGGUGAACAGCAUUCACAUGAAGGGCAUCCGAUUCUUCACAGAUGUUGUGAUGGCUUUUGGGCAUGAUCCCUAUAUCUAUAUAGCUUUCAAGCAGUUUCACCUUCAGCCGGAAGAUGAGAUAGACAACCAGGACAGCUACCAAUCUCACUCCACUGAACUGCGCGAGGGGUGGGGUGGACGACUAUGGCGCUACAUCCAAGACACCAAUACUUAUGAUCCAGAGUCGGGCAGACCCGGAAAUGUCCAUCCUUCCUGGUCCUUCCAUCUUGGACAUCUCCACCGAUGGAUGUCGGACUUCGGUAUAGGCGGUUUCAGGCUUGACAGCGUAAACAACAUUGCUAAUUUUGAUUUCAUAAGAUCAUAUACGGAGAAAGCAUGGUCUCUCUACAGGUCAAGAUACAGGACGCCUUCCCCCUCCAAGUUCCUCGUCAUUGGCGAAGAACUCAGCGUUCCCGUCGACAUGGUCACCAGUGGCACUAUCGAUGCACUCUGGAACGAGCCGUUCCAAGGACGCCUCCGCGCCGCCAUCCUAGGAGAAUCUACAGAUGGUGACGACUUUGAAUGGACGGUCCGUAAAAUGAUCAACUGCACGCUCGACCAGUCUCACCCUUUCACGGACGGCGCACAAGCAAUAAACUACAUCACCUCUCACGACACUGAAGGAUCCAGGAAAGAGCGCCUUUUCAACUUCCUUUCCGCCAACCAUGUCGAUGACAUUGAGCGACGAAGUAAACUCGCAUUUACGUGCCUCUUGACGGCCGUCGGUAUUCCGAUGAUUUUCGCGGGCGAGGAAUUCUGUGAUCAAAUGGAUCGUUCAGUAAGGCAGAAACAAGUUGACCCUGUGAAUUAUGAGCGAAAGGCAGAGGACUGGAGAGCAAGAGUCUUCAAUUACGUUGCAACACUUGUGAGGUUGAGAAAGGAAUCCUCAGCUCUAGGGGUUAAUGAUACGGAGUUCAUUCAUGUGGAUGAGAACUGUGAGGGCAAGAUCAUCGCGUGGAAGAAGGGGAGCACAAGGCCAGGCGCCUGUGGUUGUGGUGGCCAAUUUUACUGA